AUGCCAAAGCGUCCAGCAUCAUCAGACUCGCUCGAGGAGCCGCAAGAAAGCAAAAAGCCAAAGCUGGGUCGUCCUGCUGGGCUAGAGAGCCUUGUCCCAAACGCUGUAUCGGAACUGUCGCAGCCAUCGGAUGUCGUUGAAGCUGAAGAGCACAGUCUUGAUGAGCGCUCAUUGAUUAUCUCACAGAUCUCCAAACAUUGGCUUCGAGGAACAAUUGCUGAAUACUUGCCUGAGCACGCCUACCCUGCCAAUGGUGGGGGUAACAUACUACAAUGGCCGUUCGCACUGCUUGAAGCAUUGCUAGCGCUAUCCCUCGUCACUGCCGGUCAGGAAAAAGACUUACGCAGCAGACUGACCGGGGCGUUUGUGUCUGCAAAACGAUAUUCACUCGCACGUUCUCUAAAGAAUAUCAGGGCCGUACACGACUCAUUCGCAAAGAAGGACAGCACUGAGUCCUCGAAGAGCGCGCCCCCUGGAGUCGAAUCUAAGGACGGUGUUGAGGGCACCAAGACAGAGAAAACCAAGACGAAGCGAAAAGCUGGCGAUGGUUUUACGCCUUGGAAGCCGGAAGCUGUAGACAUCCCUGCUACUGUCCAGCCCCAUUGGGGCAUUGUACCUCGUCCAGGUGGGUACCGACCUUCCGAGAUUCAGCCUCCUGCUAAGGACACAAAUGCGGCCGUGCAUCCAGCUUUAUGGGAGGACCGCAAAGGUGCUGUUCGGGUCAAGCGCGGCAGUCGUUAUAUCAAUGGCUACGAUCAGGCCAUACACAUGUGGCUCCCGCUGAUGGAUAUGCGACCCAUCAGUCGGAAAAACCAAGCCCCCAAGCGACAGCCGGUAAUAUAUUACUACAACCACGGGAUGCCGACUGAUUGGAACGAUGUCGGCGCGAUUAAUGAUCUGAACAAAGCGCUGCAGGAAGCUAUCAAGGCUAAGUCCAACAAAGAACCAUCGUUCACUGCCGCCGAACGUACUGCACUUGCAAAGCUCUUCGCUGAGGACAAGAAGGCAUCGAUAUGGGAUAUCGCUGAGCAAUUCAACGAUCAGGUCCAUCCUAUCACCGAAGCUGAGAAAGAACAGUAUCCCAAAGGCCGUUUCACGGAGAGCAUUCGUCACGAGUACCUCAUGUACAAGUCCACGUACGACAAAGGCGAAGCACCAACCGACGCCACAAAGAAAGACAUUGAGCUUGAGAAGCAUUAUGCAGAAGGGAAGAAAGCUCUGGAUAAGACAAGGAAAAGGCCGAAGAAGGCGUUCAAGGCGCCUCCUUCUCUAAAGAUGAGCGACACAGCUGAUGUGACAAAGAAGCGCACACCGAAGCAGACAGCCCAGAAGCCGAGCAGCAAAAAAUCCCUUACCCAGUCUAAUGGAGAUCUUCAAGAGCCUGUCAAGUCAACUGUACCAAUGUCUGAACAGCCCCGUCUCUCCGGGAACGACGAAUGUCUUCUCGAAGCAGCAGGCGCUUACACUGUGGAAGAUGUUCGACCUCCAUCACCGUUAAGCGCAGUAUCUCGUGAAGCUGUUGAUUCUCUUUCUUAUGGGUCUAUAAUCGCUGCUGCUGAACAAGGGAAACAGGAUACCUUUGUGAACACACCCACUGGACUGCACGAGUGGUCCAAAGUCGGGUCGACUGAAGUGUCUAACACCGCUUUCUCUGCUUCCGUUGGUAUAGACCAGAAUGAGAAGAACUCUGAUAUCAACCAACAACAAGAUGAUAUAAUGGAGACUCAGUUGGAGUCUCGAGUCGAAGCGCAGUCGACUGAAACUCAGACCGCUACUCGAACGGAUAUCGGUUUCCAGGAAAUCCAAAUCGAAGAUGCUGCUGUCCUUCGCGAAAAUGCCGUCGUAUCGCAGUACGCGAACGUGAACGGCAUCGUGGGGGGUAGCUUUGUUGAGAAGGCAGUUCGAGACACCCAGGUUGACGAGAACUACUCAGACGAUGAUCAGCCCGGCGACCUCUUUUAG